AUGGCAGAGACCGACAGCGGCGAUGGCGGAUACUUCGCCAUGGGGGAGCGCGCCAGGUCCGAGUCCCCAAACUCGAUACGCAGCGACUCCAUGUCAAUGCAUCUCGACGAGCCGUCAGCCACCAUGGCGUCUUUUACUGCGCUACAGUACUUGCCCGUACCAGUCCUUGUCUUAUCUGCGCAAAAAACUGUAGUAUUGGCGAACGAGGCUAUGGGUCGCCUCUUUGGUAUCGAUUUUGAAAGUGUUCAUUAUCUUUCCAUCUCAGAGGUGUUACAGGAUAAGACCAUGGGUGAUCUUGGUGUAGACAUUUUACAAAACGGCUCUCCGAUCCUGAUUACAUGGGAGAGCUUUCUGGAUUGCGUAAUAGACGAUUCAACAGUAAGUAGCUUGGAUGAAGACGGAGAUUCCCACAUGGGAAGUGGCCACACUACACCGACUGCAGCGAACAUGCCAUAUCAAACGAACAACAAAUCAACAGAAUCUUUACCGCCCUUAAGCAGUACGAACCUUGCUCGAACCAUGGUACGCGAUGUAUCAGUAGAUGUGGUUAUUGCGCCGCUUGCUUUGAGUCCCGAAGGCACGUUGCAAAAAUCGGAAAAGAAAGCAGCGUAUGAAAACGCAAUGCAGGCAUCUUGCAUCAUCUCUAUCUGGAGUAUUGAGGAGACCCAAUAUUACACGUUGACUUUCACGAGUGCAACCGCUGCUGAUAAAGCUCGUCUCGACAAGUCACGUAGCUCAGGUUCAAGCUCUUCUUCCGGCCGUCGCUCAGGGAGCAGUUCAAAUUCGGCUUCUAAAGCUGUUACGCCUACACUACAACAGCCAGAAUUCCCUCCUCGGGGCCCUCCAACUAGGAGCAAGGGCGAUAUUGGGAAUUCCGCCUCUGUAUUUCAAAAGGCGACACAGCUAAAAGAUGCUAUUUUGAACUCUAUUACCAUGCCCGCUUACGCAAUGUGGAAAGACGAAUCCUUCGGUAUCCCGAACAAGGCCCUCCUGCGACUGCUUCCGAAAGAUGCGUCCUAUGUACCCGGCGACCAAAGAGAUUUUCUCGCUCAAUUCUCCUGUUGGACCGAGGACUUCCAGCGCCUUCUAAAUCUUGACGAAUUCCCCAUCAUCGAGGUGUGCCGCACACGAGAGAGGGUCGAGAAGCGGCGCAUUGGUAUGCGACAUCCGCAAACGGGCACUCGCAUUACAUAUGAGAUUAACGGAGAGCCUGUAUUUCAUGAAGAGACUGGGGAUUUCCUCGGCGGUAUAGUAAUCUUCAAGGAUAUCACCGAAUACACCAAGCAGAUCGCUGCCCAGAUCGAAGAGAACGAGAAGCAGUUUGAGUAUAUUACGAACUUCAUGCCGGUCAUGGUGUGGACAACUACGCCUGAUGGGCUCCAUGACUGGUUCUCACAGCGGUGGUACGACUACACAGGGUUGACGGUUGAUCGGUCACUAGGCGAAGGCUGGCGUCUACCAUUCCACCCAGAUGACAUGGCCGCAACUGCCGAACGUUGGUUCCAUUCCCUCAAGACAGGCGACGAAUACAAUACGGAAUACAGAUGCCGGCGCUAUGAUGGCCAGUGGCGCUGGAUGCUGGGACGAGCUGUACCCUUCUACGACGACUCUGGGCGUAUAGUCAAGUGGUUUGGCACAUGCACCGAUAUCCACGAUCUGGUCCUAGCACGUCAGGAGGCUCGUCAAACAAGAGAGCAAUUACAGCAGGUCAUUCAACACGCGAAAAUUGUCCUCUGGGUGAUCGAUCGCAACAAUGAAGUUAAAGUGCUAGAAGGAGAUGUUGAGCCUAGCGAACGAUUCAGAAAGGAUCAGUUGGUUGGAAAAGAUGUUUUUGAUGUCUUCAACCUGCAGGGUAACGAUCGGAAGCGUUGGCAUGGACCUAUCCAGGAGAUAUUACAAGGCAAGCAAUCAGCUGAAAUCGUGAAUGGAGGAUACAUGUCGGAGGCUCGCUAUUACCGAACUCGCCUAGUGCCGCUCAUGAGCGCUUCUCGGACUGCAGGCAUUGAAGGCAAUGCCUUUGUGGACGGCGUGAUUGGCGUGUCCAUGAAUAUCACUGAGCUACGAGAAAGGGAGGAACAACUAAAAGAACAAGAGAAAGAGAACUCGAGGCUCCUGGCCAAUGAAGCGGCGGCGAAAGAGGCAAGUCGCAUGAAGUCGCAGUUUUUGGCCAACAUGUCACACGAGAUUCGAACGCCUAUAGCAGGGGUUAUCGGCAUGAGUGAACUUCUAUUCGACAUGAAUCUGGACGACGAGCAGAAAGAAUGCGCGGAGAACAUCCAUCGAAGCGCGAACAGCCUCCUAACGGUGAUAAACGACAUCCUAGACUUUUCGAAGGUUGAAUCAGGUCGACUGGACGUGGAAGAGGUACAGUUUAGUCUCAGCGUAGUACUAAGAGAUGUGAACAAGAUGAUGUCUUUUGCUGCCCAAAGGAAAGGUCUUGAUUACCAGAGUUCAAUACAAGACGAGGUGCAGGCGGAUCUCCGGGUGAUGGGAGACCCAGGUAGGUUACGACAAAUUCUUACCAACGUGCUCACCAACAGCAUCAAGUUUACCUCAGUGGGCACUGUAAAGCUUGCUGUAUCGAUCAGUCAGGAGUCAAAGGAUAUGGUAACGGUGAAUUUCAGGGUGGAUGACAGCGGAAUUGGAAUAGAAGAGGAGGUCCGCAAGCGAUUGUUCCAACCAUUCAGUCAAGCGGACUCGUCCACGGCUCGACGUUUCGGCGGAACUGGUUUAGGAUUGACCAUCAGCAAGAACCUGGUUGAGCUCAUGAAGGGUCAGAUAUGGCUGGACUCAAAAUUGGGGCAAGGCACUACUGCUACUUUCUGGAUACCAUUCACCCGUGCACCAUCACAAGACGGGGACUCAGCGUUGGUUCAUCUAGAGUCUAUCCCGGAUCGACUUCAGAGUGAUAUGUCAGUUUCAUGUGGAAGCUCGGAAGGUCACACACCACCGUUGACACCUCAACUCGCCAACGGAAGCUCACCAUACCCGCUGCUGAAAUCAACUAUUCCGGAUCAUCUGAUGAACCUCUCUGAAAGCGAAAGACAACACAUUCACGUCCUGGUCGUCGAAGACAACCAUAUCAACCAACAAAUCGCACUUAAGACCAUCAAAAAGCUUCACUUUUCUGUCAAUGCGGUGUGGAACGGCCAGGAGGCACUGGAGUAUCUGAUGCAGGAGUUCGGCCCUUCGCACCCACGCCCGGAUAUCAUCUUGAUGGAUGUGCAGAUGCCUAUCCGAGAUGGGUAUUCUGCUACCCAUGCCAUCCGGACAGAAGCGCCGUGGCGCAACAUGCCCGAAAUUCGAGGUGUUCCAAUUGUUGCAAUGACGGCCAGUGCUAUUCAAGGCGAUAAGGAGAAGUGUGUUUCAUGCGGAAUGGAUGAUUAUCUCGCCAAGCCAGUCAAAGGCAAGCUGCUGGAGAAGGCAAGUUACCCCAAGCCACCUGGUGGGUCUGCUAACGAUCCGAAGAUGCUCGUCAAGUGGGCACUCGAAGGUCGGCGAAAGAUGGCAAAAGGCAAGCCAGCCACAAGCGACAAUGAUCGACAUGGCGUCGCAGCCCCAAGCGCCAACGUGGGCUUUAGGGCAAAAGAUCACCCGCGGACGGCAGGCAUCUCGGUUGAACCUGAAACAACGGCGCAGGCACUGACCGAUGAACUUGACCGCCUCCAUUACCAUAGCGAUGCAGCAUUCGCAAGGUCCAACGAGAAUGAGGGUGAGCGGGCUAUGCGGCGUAUUCACGCCGAGGAGAGAGACACGAAAUUGCGCGACGAGAAGCUGCUUUCCUUGGUUGGGCCACAGCUCCUCCAUCACAAGAGCUCUCAGGGGCCACAGAACGAACCAUCAAUGCCUUUGACCGAGGCAAAUAUUGAGAAAUUAGUUCACGAACAAGACGCGGAUUUGCCUGUCGCGAGGAAGUCGGAUUCACUGGAUGAGGUCAACUCGAACAGGACGAACAAUGCUCACAGUAUGAGUAACACGAGACAGUCUACCUUGACACGGCCCGGCCUUCAACAAUCGCGCCAUCAUGAUAGCGAACGGACAGUUGUUGAGCACGCCGCUCGAUGA